AUGACUCAAGCUAAUUCUUUGGUCCAAAUCUCCAGUGCGAUGAGCAAAAGCCAGCUUGCACCAACUGCGUCAGGCGAUCGCUGGUGUGCAGCCUUAGCACAAACCACAGCCCUGUUUCCAGCCCAGCUUCGACGGCAUGUGGAGGAUCUUGAGCUGUUUCAUCAUUUUUGUCUCGUCACAUCUAAGAGUUUCAGCAACGAGCAAGCCGUCCAAUACUUCUGGAGCGUUACAGUACCGAAGAUGUCUUUUAGACACCAGUUUCUUCUCCAUGCAGUCAUUACUCUAGGCGCGUUGCACCUACGUCACAUGAACUACCAGCUUGAGAGAGACAUGCCUGCCGGCCUGUUGGACAAGGCUAAUGUGCAUUGGGAAGAGGCCCUGAGGCUUGCCUCACCACUUCUCUCACACGUCACUGAGUCAAAUUGUGGCGCACUCUAUCUCUUUGCAACAAUAACUUGCUUGCAUACAUUUGCCCUCGGCCCAUGCCCAGGAGAGAUGCUUAUAUUCAAUCAGAAUGGCCCAUCGAGUUGGCUUACACUUUUUCGCGGACUUCGGUCAAUUGAGCAAGCAUGUGACUUCGCAAGAGUCCAGAACGAGGAGCUGCGCCCAAUAUGCCCGCUCUCUGGCUUAGAGUUGAACAAAGACCCAGUCAAAGCCCUCGAUCCAUCUGUCCAAGAAGCUUUAGAGGGUUUAGCAUCCUUCAUGGAUAUCAACGUCACGAAGGAUGACGAGCGGUGCGAGAGCCUGGUAGAAGCUCUCACGCUUCUACGUAGGUGCUACACAAUGGUGCAUGACAAACCAGCUCAAGCCUCGGCUUACACGAUUUUCAGCUGGUUACAUCAUGUCUCGGAUCAUUACCUGGAACUGGUACAGGACACUGACCCAGUGGCGCUGCUAGUCUUCUCAUACUUUGUGGUGUUGAUCAAGGGAUUAGAGUGUGCCUGGAUGGUAAAUGAUUGGCCUACACAUCUCAUGUCAGGAAUCUACGCUUGCAUGCCACUUUCGAAACGUUUCUGGCUGAGCUGGCCUAUGGAGCAAGUCGGCUGGCUGCCGGCUGAAUGA